AUGCCAUCUGGUGCCCUUCAGCCAUUUGAACGACGCUUCGAAGCCCGGCCUCUUCUGUCACCCGCUUCAUCGCACCGCGCCAGCUCUCCUGGCUUCCUCGUCCCACACUCUCGUCAAAUUUCACUGUCCUCUCAGAUUUCCCAAAUAUCAAGUCAAGACGAAAACACCGAAGACGGCUCAGCCGAAGCGCCGUGGGAUGUCAUCAAGUGGACAAAGCUUCGGAAAAUCACCACACAGGCAUUCUCAGAGGCUGGCAAGCGGAACUUCGGUCGUCCGACUUGCAUUGCGGUCUCUGCACUCAUCGCUAUUGGUACUUCGAAGGGCUUGGUCCUGGGGUUUGAUUACCACCAAACGCUCAAGAUCAUUAUUGGACCAGGAAGUAAAUCUGUCGAGUGCGGCGCCGUCACCGCGCUCGCUAUUGCGGCCGACUUUUCCACGGUGGCGAGUGGGCAUGCUGACGGGCAUAUCUUCACAUGGGAAAUCAACCGACCAGCACAGCCAUUCCUGCAAAUACCGCCGAUUGAUCGCUCCGCGCUUGAAUCGCCUCAGCACGAAGAUGGACAUGUGCGUGAUUGUGCAAUAUUGCAUAUUGCGUUUCUCGGCACCAGACACACAGCAAUCGUAUCAGCAGAUUCUGGGGGUAUGGCAUUCUCCCACAUUGCUUCUCGUGGGCUAGGACCAGUAACGAGAACAAUCAAUUCAACGCGCCUACUCGGACGAUAUCCCGUGAUAGACAUCCAAGCCGAUCGCCUCCGCAAGCCUAGCACGGUUCUUGGGUUCGCUCCGUUGCCGCUCGGAAACGUGGAAUUGGCGACUGAUACUAUGGGGUUGACGGCUUUGCUGACUCCAUACCUCUUGGUCAUUGUAUCAACCACGCCGAUCGCCCAGACUCAACACAAAUCUCCUAGACCGAAAGAGAUAUCUCCUCACAGCACUCUGAGCGGGUGUUUGGCUUGGUUUCCUGCUGUCAAACUCAAGACUGGCGAAGGAGUUUCAGAUACGAAGUUAGUGUACUGUUGGUCCAAUAUCGUCAGCAUUCUCGAAGUCAAAAUACUCAACAAUGAAGCGGCGAUGACCGCACAAAAGGCGCCCUCGCUAGAGUUUCACCUUCGGAGUCGCUGGCAUGCGGAGGAAGCAAUAGUGGCUGUGCAAUGGCUGGGAAGAUCGGUUCUUGGGCUGUUGACUAUCAGUCAAAGACUAUUGAUUGUCGAGGAUCGCACGUUGCGUGUGGCCGACUCUGUCGAUUUAUUGCACAGACACAUCUAUCAUUCCGACUUGUUCUCCGACCAGCUCGCAGAGGUUGUUGAGCGACUCAAUACUGCGGAUCCUUCAUUGCACGGUGUCGUUGCAGAUGCUUUCUUCAUGAGCUUUCGUGCUUACAAGGGUCGUACGUUCCUGCUAGGCUUCAAUGACCUAUCCGUGGGGACGUUAUCCAAUUGGGCGGAUCGUUUGAUUGCCAUGAUGGAGGCGGGAGACCAUAUCGCUGCUCUUCGCUUAGCGACUGAUUACUAUUCAGGCAAUGCAAGUAACAUCACCAUUGGUCUUCCCGAGAAUGAUGGUGUCAGACACAACAUGGUGAAGGAGAAGGUACUCGCAAUGAUAACCGCAUCUACAAGCUAUACGUUCUCAAGACCUGAUGGACAUGAUAGCGCACAGGUGCAAGUUCUUGCAGAAACCUGCUUUGACACUUGCGUAACCAUGGAACAGACGGACUUUCUGUUCUCCGAAGUUUUUGAUGCUUUUGAAGAAGCGGAUAUGGAGUCGAGCUUCAUCACCGCCAUGGAACCCUACAUUCUCGAUAACGAUAUCAAAGCUCUGCCACCAGAAGUGGUCAAGACACUUGUAGGACAUCUCAUUUCUGAAAAUCAAGCGACCAAACUUGAAGAACUGUUGUGUUUGCUGGAUCCAUUCUCUUUUGACCUGGACCAGAUUACUGUGCUUUGUCGUCAGCACAGUCUAUACGAUGCCCUCAUAUAUGUGUGGACGCAGACGAUAGGCGAUCAUGUAUCACCAUUGAUCGAGUUGCUAACCCUUAUAAAAUUGCUGCAGUACGGAUUCGCCAACGAAGACAUCACGGAUAACCCGUACUACGAAUCAGCUGCGAAAAUAUUUCCAUUCCUCGCCUAUUCGCUCACCGGCAGACAAUACCCCCGUGGAGCGCUAGCUGAUGGUGCCUCUGUAGAACAAGCGAAGAGCGAGAUAUACAGUUACUUAUUCUCUGGCGUCCCCACUGCAUGGCCUCCGAACAGCGACAAAAUUUUCUUGACGACAGAUCGGCACGACGAUGAGCCAGCAUACCCUUAUCUGGAUCUGGUAUUGAAAUUUGAUGCUGCAAGCUUCAUGAGCAUGUUGAACGAGGCUUUCGAAGAUUCUUUCCUCAACGUUGCCGAAGAUGAACUUGCUUCUACGAAUAGUCCAGCCGUCAACGUGGGGAAUGGCCAGGGUCAGAAGAUGACCAGACAACACAUAAUUGAGAUCAUGCUGGAUGUGAUGCGGCAGGGCGACUACAGCCAUGAGCACAUGAUUUACCUGGACAUGUUCAUUGCGCGGUCUCUGCCUAAAUAUCCCGGCCAGCUGAUUCUUUCCGGGACGUUGCUAAAUGGUGCCCUGGAACGACUAUGCAGACCUCCAUUAGACGCUCUACGCGACGAUUGUCAGCUCAGUAUCGAAUACUUGUUGUCUGCGCACCGGCCGCCCAGUAUCGCGGCGUUAAUUGACGCGCUGCACAAUGCACGUUUCUUUCGAAUUUUGAAAUCAGUCUAUCGCGGCGAGCGCAGGUUCGUGAAUCUUUUGGAAACCUACUUUGAGGAUACGGAUGAUCGUGAAGGUGCCUUUGGCUGCAUCGACUAUAUCCUACAUAUCGAUCAGGAAUCGGGGCUGAAACAAACACCAUCCAUCAAACAGACGAUCGCCCGACAUUUUCAGGAUCUUGUCAAUGUUGAUGAGACAUUGACGGCGUGGACGCUUGCCAAGUCUGCGCCAGAUCUCUUACAGCCCUGUCUCGACGUAAUAGAGGAUACACGGCAGCAAUUCGUGUUCCUUCGAGCACUUCUAGAACCGGCACUUGCCGGCAGGGACCCGAGCCCAUCUCCCUCUCCCGAUGCCUAUGGGCCGGAAAUGGUCGAGCAGUAUGUGCGAACAAUGUGCGUCAACGACCCAACCCGGGUUGCGGAUUAUGUCCGUGCUCUGCCUUCCAGCGAUUUACGACUCGAUGCGGUUUUGCCAGCAAUGGAAGCCAGCGGUGUUGUUGAUGCGGCCAUUUUUGUUUUGGCGAGAGAUGGGCUGGCCCGAGAUGCCAUGGAGAGCCUCAGUAUUCAUCUCCGCAACCUGGAAAAUGCUCUGACAAGUCUGAUAGACGCAUUCACUGCCAAUCCUGAUGUCGGUGAUCCGUACGAAACCGUCAACGAGCUGAUGGAAGAUCUGGAAAAGUACGGCAAAGUUGGCAUCUGGCUGUGCCGGGGGCAAAGCUCAGUGGUGCAACGUGCCCCUCGGCCGCGUAUCAAUCUCGCGUGGGACAUUGAAGAAGGAGACCUCGAUGCAGACGAAUACCUUUGGCUCAAUCUACUUGACAUUGUGGUCCAGGUUACUCAAAACAUCAUAGCUGCGCUCAACCAUGCAGCAGAGAACCCUCCACCGCUCGAACACCUGCCUCUUGAAACAAGUCAGCUCGCCAAUCGUUCGAGGGCCAAUGUGCAUGAAGUCUUCACGGCGGUGCUCGCAACGACCGCCACAGCCUCCAAGCAAGAUGCCGCCGCAGUUUCUGGACGGAGUACCCGAAGAGCAGACGACAUGAGUUUCCUGCGAAUCCUGCGCGCCUUCCUCACCCGGGCAGCCAAGACCACGCCAUCCCUCGCCGAGCUCCGCACGGUCCUAGCGGACAUCCUAUCAGUAUACUCCUUCGAGCAAGACGUCCUGACGCUAUCCAACCAACUCUUGGGCUCCGAUUUGUUCGCCGAACUCGACAAAGUCAAACAACUACGACAGCAUGGCUGGCGGCCGAAAACCCAGGUCUGCGAGAAGUGCAAGCGGCGUGCCUGGGGAACCGGCAUUGGAGAGUCGGUAUGGACAGAAUGGGUCGCGCAGGAAGAAAAUCGCGCCAACGAGCGGAUGCGAAAAAUGCUUGAGCAGACUGGAAGCGAGGAGGCGAGGAGGCUGGAACGUGGAAAGGGCAAAGCUUCAAGCGCCCCAGCAGCCAGUACAGAAGAGUCGCAGCGUUUCACCCUGGUGGUGUUCGCUUGUCGGCAUGUCUAUCAUCGUACAUGCCUGGAUGCGGAGAUGAAGAAUGCGUCUACUCAUGAGCGGGGGAUUUAUAAGUGUCAGAUCUGUCCCUCACGGGGAUGA